UGUGGGGGGAGGAGCAAGAGUAUAAAACAGCAACAUGUGGUCCUUGGGCUCAGUGUCAAUGCUCCGCUUGCCUCCAGUAUGAAGCUUUAUCUUCGCUCAGUCUGCCAGCUCGCCUUCCUGAGCCUCUGCUGUGUGCUGAUCAGAGUGAGAGAGUCAGACAGCACGUUUGUGCCGGGAAGAUGUUUGUGUCCGGAGACGCAACCGGGAGUCAGAGGGCAACUGAAAGAGCUCCAGGUUUUACCAAAAAGCCCCAGCUGUGACAAAGUCACAGUAAUAGUGACACUGCGGAGUAGCAACGAGCCAGUGUGUCUGAACCCAGCGGCACCGAUGGGCAAACAGCUGGUCCGCUGCUGGAAUAGAGCUCAAAAGCUGGGUCGUGAUGUGAAGCUGUGCCUGAGGAGGAGGAGGCGAGGGAGAGGCGGUCAGCGCCAGCGGUCUCGACAGAGGAGCCGGGGCCUGAACAGGAAAGCCUCAUCCUCUAACUCCCAAUAGUUAACCAGCACGACAAAUGACGGGAAGCUACUGCAUGGAGAGAAGUGUGUAAAUGCUGAUUCUUGCCACACUGUGGAGUAAAAGAGAAAACAGAAAACAGCAUGCUGCCACUUUUCUUUCUAUUAACGUCACACGGCUCGGACAUCAAGAGCCCCUAAAUUGUUGUCUGGGCUGUAAAUCAAACUGUCUUUCUAGGCCAGCAGCAGGGGGCUGUGCAAAUGACUGAUGUGAUGUUGAAAACUAAGCCCUGGAGGCUUGUUAUACUGUAAAUGUUAACACUUAUAGCUUUAAAAUGCUGUUAAAUGGUCAUUGUAUUGUUCAUGUAUUAUUCUGUGUAUGCAGCUGGAAAAGAUGACUGAAGAGCUUGAGUUGGUUAUUUAUUUUUAUAUAAAUAUAGACAUUUUUCACACAACGUUUUAAAAUAAAUAUAUUAGAACAAU